UGAAUUAAAUUUGGUGAAUUGUCAAAGUGAUAUUUUAUAUUCAACAGUAUGUUGAAAUAUUAGUGUGAAAUAAUUGGAAUAAUCUUUUUAAAUCGACAUUCUCCCAAGGAUUUUUUUAAAGAAGAAUGUUUUCUAUAUUUACACCUGCAUUCACAUUUAAGAAUCGUGGCGCUUCUCCAUCAGAAUCAAUCACUGGCUAUGUCACAGGUUCUGAUAAGCUUUUGGUACCAGGAAAAGUUAUAGCAAGCAACAAUAUAGCUCAAGGUUCGAUGACUUUGCCAAUCGAGCCUUCUAAACUCUUUGGCAAACCAGAUGUUGUACAAGUUUCAGUUACCAUGAGCGCAUUUGGGACUUUGAUGUUAGACAGUAAAUCUGAUGCAAUUUGGUCUGAUGAUAUCCAUUGGGUUAGGGCUAUCCGUCUGUCUGAUGACUGUCACAAUUAUAACAUACAAUUAAAGCUGAAACCCUCACAAAGAAUAUCAAACAGUUUGCCGAACAAAAACACAUCAGCACCUCCACAAUUGAUACUACAAGUAGUGAGGCCGAUAUUGGCAGGACAAGAGUUACUCUUAUGGUUCUCUGAAGACAUUUUGGCGAUGCUUCAGAUAGCUUUCUUAACACCGGCAAAUAUUCAAGGUCAGAAAGAAUACGUUUGUCUCCGAUGUGGAGCCAUGUACGAAUCACCAAACCCCCUGAAGCUCCACAUAACCUUGAACUGUGGAUUAAAUCCAGUAAUAAAACUGUGGAACAAACUUUGCUCCAUUCUGACCAACAACACCACCUCGGAAAUCUUGGAGGGGGACAUUUUCGACUUCAAACUAGUACCUGAAACUUCCUUAACGCGUCAGAAAAUCGCCAUGGACUUGACAACAUCUACAUCUAGAAGAGACUGCCUUAAUAGUAUAACACAUAGACCAUUUUUAGAAAAUUCAGCCUUCAAGCCUUUCAAAAGAAGCGAGAAUCACGUAAAAGGUGAGAGUGGUGUUCAAGGAAGCGUAAGUUGGCCCUUGAACGUGUCAAAUUUGACAUCAUCAGGAAAUAUGAAGGAAGAUGAAGCUCAAAUAGAAUCGUUAGUUAGUAGUUUAGGAAAGACAAAGCAGGGUCAUAUGUGUGUAUAUUGUGGAAAGUGUUAUUCAAGAAAAUACGGAUUGAAAAUUCAUAUACGAACACACACCGGAUAUAAACCCUUAGAAUGUAAAUACUGUAAAAGACCAUUUGGAGAUCCCAGCAACCUGAACAAACAUGUUAGGCUACAUGCAGAGGGAAACACACCAUAUAGAUGUGACUUAUGUGGGAAGGUCUUAGUGCGACGAAGAGAUCUAGAGCGUCACUUAAAGUCGAGGCAUCUGCCAGAAACACAUCCAGAUAUGAACCUCAUCGUCAGUAGAAAUAGUGAAGAAGAAGUAGAUGAUGUAGAAAAAUUGCCAUCUUCGAAAACCGAGGAGUCAAAGUUAUAAUCAAAUUUUAAAUAGUUGUUGAAAUUAUGAAAUAUAUAUUUUUAUCAGUUGA